AUGGGCUGUGAAGUCUCAUUAGUGUGGUGAAUCAUGCUAGGUUUUUCUGCUGUUGUAGGGGAGCUGUAUGUCUCAGAAAGUAAGGGGAGUGACCAGGGUGGAGAUGGGACUGAAGGAAAGCCUUUCAAAACCGUCAUUGCGGCUUUGGCAUUUGCUGGAAAAGAACCAUUUCCAACCAUCUACGUGGACUCACAAACAGAGGGCGGGCGCUGGGCCGUGAUCUCAAAGACCCAGCUGAAGAAUGCGAAAAAACUGUGGCAGAAGGAAAGUGCAAAAGACGAGGCGAAAGAGAGGAGAGAGGCAGAAGACGCCGCAAGACGAGAGAAGAACCUGGAGGAGGCGAGGAAGGUCGUCAUCAAGAACAACCCCAGCCUGCCACAGCCCAAAACGGUAAAGAUUGGCGAGCUGGGAUCGUACCAGGGGCAAAGAGUCAAGGUGUUUGGAUGGGUCCACAGGUUGCGGAGACAAGGAAAGAACCUGCUGUUCAUCGUGCUGAGAGAUGGAACAGGCUUUCUUCAGUCUGUUCUCACGGAUGAGCUGUGUCAGUGCUACAACGGCCUGGUCCUGUCCACUGAAAGUACCGUCGCGCUCUACGGAACUCUGAAACCCGUGCCAGAAGGAAAACAGGCCCCUGGGGGCCACGAGCUGCACUGCGACUUCUGGGAGCUGGUGGGCCUGGCACCAGCAGGGGGCGCCGACAACCUGGUGAACGAGGAGUCGGACGUCGACGUCCAGCUGAACAACCGGCACAUGAUGAUCCGCGGGGAGAACAUGUCCAAGAUCCUGAGAGUGCGCUCCGUGGUCACCCAGUGCUUCAGGGACCAUUUCUUUGACCGUGGAUACUGUGAGAUCACUCCGCCCACCCUGGUCCAGACCCAGGUGGAAGGGGGCUCCACCCUCUUCAAGCUGAACUACUUCGGCGAGGAGGCUUUCUUGACCCAGUCCUCCCAGCUGUACCUGGAGACGUGCAUCCCAGCCCUGGGGGACACCUUCUGCAUCGCAGAGUCCUACCGUGCCGAGCAGUCCCGCACCCGCCGGCACUUGUCCGAGUACACUCACAUAGAGGCCGAAUGCCCCUUCAUUUCAUACGAGGACCUUCUGAGUCGCCUGGAGGACCUGGUGUGUGAUGUGGUGGACAGAGUUCUGAAGUCCCCGGCUGCCCCGCUGCUCUACGACAUCAACCCAGACUUCAAGCCCCCCAAAAGGCCCUUCAAGAGGAUGAACUACACCGACGCUCUCAAGUGGCUGAAAGAACACAAUGUCAAGAAGGACGACGGCACUUUCUACGAGUUUGGAGAGGACAUCCCGGAGGCGCCAGAGAGGUACAUGACGGACACCAUUAACGAGACCAUCCUGCUGUGCCGCUUCCCCGCCGAGAUCAAGUCCUUCUACAUGCAGCGCUGCCCCGAGGACCGCCGCCUCACCGAGUCGGUGGACGUGCUGAUGCCCAACGUCGGAGAGAUCGUCGGAGGGUCAAUGCGUAUCUGGGACGCCAAGGAGCUGCUGGAGGGAUACAAGAGAGAGGGCAUCGAUCCGACCCCCUACUACUGGUACACAGACCAGCGGGUGUACGGAACGUGCCCCCAUGGGGGGUACGGCUUGGGCCUGGAGAGGUUCCUGACCUGGCUCCUGAACAGGCACCACAUUCGGGACGUGUGCCUCUACCCUCGCUUCAUCCAGCGCUGCCGCCCCUGAGCCUCCAGGCCCAGCGGCUCCAUCCUUGCACAUCCGCACAAGCAUCUGCCCUGCAACGCAAGGCCUCGAACAAGAGAACGCCAAGAAAUUGAACAUGCAUUUCAAUGCUUAUUCAUGUGCAUGCCAGUGAUAGCUAACAACUUAUUAAUCUAAUUUUCUCUGCUGUGCAUCUGAACCGAUUACACCAUCAUGCAAGUAUCUAUUUUCCUUAAAUGUAUGUGUCCUGCAAUGCUCCAAACCUCCACCUCUGCAUCUUUGAGAAGCACUGAUUUAAAACAUGCAAACCAAACAAUAUAGCGCUUAGUUUUGGGAAUUGUUUCCCCUUGUUUGACGUCCUAAAGUGCCAAAAGUUUUCUUUUAGUUAUUUUCGGAAGAAAAAGUCAAAGCACUCUUGUAGUCAGAUCACUGUCACUAUGCUGAAAGAGUCUUAAAAAGUCUUUUGAAAAGUUAAGAA